CUGUGCACCCCCACCUUUUCCCGCAACUUCCGGGCCAAAUCUUCUAGCGUACUUGAAGCUGUUCCUUGGCUUCCCUGCGUCGUCCUCGUCCUCAGGCCGUUUCCGGCCCGCCAAUCGCCGAUUGAAUUCCGUACACUUGUUUCCUAGAUUGUAACUUCAUCCAGCGAAUUUUGAAUCUAGAUAGGGUAUUGUGGAAGGUUCUCAUUUUUGUUGCAAUGCUACAGUGGAUGGGUGGAUCAAGACGGAAAGUUGUCACUUCAAGGAAUUCAACACUAAAAAGGCAAAAGCAGUACUUUGAGCAAAGAAAACUAAAACACCAGCAUAGUCAGGCAGAUCUGGAAAAGUACUAUGGAAGUAGCCCAUGUAAUCAGCAACACGAAAAUAAUACAUCACUGGAUGUUCUUAGUCUGCUGAACCUUUCAGCUGUUUCCAAAGAACCUAUCUCAGGAAACAUUGAAGGUGUUACUCCCUCUCCAAACUAUCAGACCAGGUUGUGUCCUCAAACUGCUCAAGCCAAUGAAGUUACUCAAAUUAGUCCCCUUAGGAUCAAGCCGGAAGGUAUUGCUUCCACAACAGGUAUGAAGUAGUGUUUUCAGCAAGUUACAUGUAAUUGUCUGUAAUUUGAAUCCAAUUGAAUUACGAUUCUAUGUGCUUGCAGAAAGUUCUGCCUGUGAUCUUUCUGAUACUGUAUGUCCAAGAAAGUAAGCAUAAUGAGCUUCAAAAUUUUGAAGCAUUGGAUUAUCUAAUUCAUUGAUUUCAUUUGUAUAUAUAGAUAGCAUUAGUGGAAUACUAAUUGGCAGCACAUCUGAUUGAUUGUAUCUACCACCUUGAAGUUAUCUAACUUGUGAGGGAUAUUGUUUGAUAUAUCUGCUUCUUCACACACUUCCAUUUGCUUGCUGUUUUCACGGAGAUGCAUCAUUCCUGUCCUUCACAUUAAUGGCGCUUCUACAAACUACUCCUUUUAUUACUAUUUUUCCAUCAUUUUUUCCUUUUACAAAAACCAAUUGUUUAGUACCUGCCAGUUUUCCAGUUGGUGCGCCUGAAUCCAAGGGGAAAAAGUUGAAAUGUGAUUGGAACACCUUAAAUCAAUCAAAGAUGUCAACAGAGCACCCGCUAUCUGUUAUUGAUAUUUUAGGUGAUGAUUGUCCAAAUAGCAACCUUGAAGAAAAUGUUGGGCAUGAAGCUCAUGUUGCCUUUUCAAUUCAAGGUCUAGGUAAAGUGGACACAGAAACACCUGUUCAUUCACCAGAGAGGCCUGGAAGAAAUUUCUCUUAUGGACAGUAUCUACCAUUGAAAGAGAGGAUGAAAACUCUCUCGUCAGUCAAAACUACUAGCAGGCCUGACCUCAAGCAUAAAUUGGAUGCUGUCAUGAGGGACAUUGGAACAUCCAUAUACAGAAGUCCAGUAGAACCAUCUUUCAGAUCUAUGGUCUCUGAUGAUUUAUUUGGCAGCCCAAGGCAGGACUUGUUAUCUAACAAAAUAUCAUCUCCAGUCACUGAUUAUGAUACUAAUUUGGAGGAAAUCUUUGAAGCUGGGGAGCUCUUUGGCAAAGAGAGAAGAAAGAACAUUCAGAAUGCAACUUCCUCGGGUCUAACUUAUGGGAUUAGUGACCAAGAGGAAUAUGGUUUACCUUGUAAGAACGAGUUAGAUCAAAUGGAGUUUUGUUCAAGUAGUCAACAUGCGGGUAGAAGUUACGAUCACCAAGAUUUAUCCUUUAACGAGACCCACCAGUGGAAGAAAAGCACCAGCAUGCAAUCACCAUUUGAGAUCAAUUACCAAGGCUGCCCUUCUUUAUAUUCCAAGCGCAAGAUGCAACAGUACUUUGAAGAUUCAGACCCGAAUAUAAAAUGCAACUACUCUAUGGGAACCAGUGAAUAUCGUUGUGUGGACAACAAAAAGCAGAGAGCUUCCUCAUUCUCUGCAAUUGAUGACACCAUGGGUUGUUUCAGUUUUCGGAGUGAAGAAUCAUGCUUCUUUUCAGCUGCAGUGAAAGGUGAUUUGUUCGAAUGCCCCAGAAACCGCCAUGACAUGCAUCUUCAUAAAAAGACGAUGGAGACCAAAACCAGAUUCUGCAAUGAUAGCUGGCCAGGAAGCUUCUCAGAUUACCCAACUACUGCUAAAAAAAGAUGGUUUGAUCCGAAUCCCCAUCGGUUCUCAGAUGAAAUAUUCAAUGCAAACGAAGAAGACAUUAUGGGUGGACCAGAUCCCUAUAACGAACAUCCAUUUGCUGCUCAACCUCCACUACUUUUCAAGAAACACAGAGGUUUUCCUGGUGAACGCUCACAUUGCUACAAAAGAAUGUCGGAAGAACCUAGUAUCAUCCCGAAACCAGCCAUAAUCAUAAUCUCGAAUGGUAUAUCUGGUGGAUCAAGUGUGCCAGGCCGAUUUCAGACUUCCCAGGCUAGCAUUGUUUCAUCAUCAUCCGACCUGGAAGACAAGUGUGGUGACACUAGAAAGGAACCAAGAUGCAUUACUCCUAAAGCAUCUGUGAAUACAAAUGCAUCUAAACCUAUUGAAUAUGGUGACGAGGCUUCUUCUUGUGCAGAGUUUCCGGCAGCAUCUAAGGAAGUUCAUGGGUCUGGAGAUCCGAGUAACGAUAUAUCUUAAUAACGCGAUUUGUUACUGGGUUGGCUUUAAUAAACUAAAAACAUAGUUUAAUGUUACUCUUAUUGAAUUGGGUUAUCUUCUACGCACAAGGCUUAACUUCAUACACUUGUACCAAAAUACUUGCACACUGGGGCUUAACUUCAUACUUUUGUACCAAAAUACAUAACACACUGGCUCCAUUGAUCACUUCUUUACUCUCCAUCUUAGAAGAUUCCUGUUCUCC